UAUCACGCUUGUUUUGCAACUUCAGGCAAUUUUCACCCGGUUAAGAAGGCUUAGCACAAUUUGAUCUGAUAAUAACCUCAUUACGAUCGACUCAGAGCACUUUUAAUCGRCAGCAAACGUUUUACUCAGAAAGAGUAGAAUUCCCUCUAURCAUGUAKCUACUUCAAUAAACUGAGUCAUGUCGUCAUGCACAAGUCGGUCUAAAUSUUGUAUCGCGUAGUAUCUAUCGUGUUGUCAUCAUUAUAGCUCAAAACAAUGCUACGAUUAAUUCGUGUUUACCUAGAAAAGCGCCCAACUACCACCUGGCCGAUUUGCAUUAUGCUACUUUAUACUGGCUCUGCUCUUUUAGAUUUUGAAGUGCAGAUUGACAAGAAGUGCUUUCGUAUUCUGGACUUUCAACGUUGAAAUCAGGCAAGAUUCUAAAAGACUGAAAGACCUAAAUCAAAACCAGGACAGAUCUUGGAUAUCAACUGAACGAAGACAGAGAUCUUUCCUUCCUUCGUUUAGAGACAGCAGAGGAAGRCGUCACGACUCUGUGUAAUUAAAAAGUGAAAACGAAUAUCCUGAAAARAGACUUUCAAUUCAAUUGGAUUGAUAACUUUUCCUUUAUUGACAAGAGCGGGAAAAAAUUGAAAACUGAUCUACUUCUAAACAGCAGAGACUACCUACCGAUACAAAGUAUCGAAAGAUUUUUUUAUUAAUCCGCAGUUAUCAUUCGUUGGAGCUUCGAAAGUGAAAACAGAAAAAAAAAAAAACGUUUGAGGAGAUUUUUGACAAGGCUUCGAAUAAAAGAAAACGAUUGAAGAACAAAAAUGCUGAUCAACAACACAACUCGAGGAUUGGAGGUUGCCAACGCAACAGCAAACACAGCGGCCUCACUAAAUGAUUACAAUCGUCUGAUUGGGACGAUUUCAUUCGUGUUUCUUCUCCUGAUUCUCAUCAUAUCAUUCUUUGGAAAUAUUUUAGUUAUAAUCUCAUUCAAAACAGUCAAGAAACUUAGAACGGUCACCAACUAUUUUGUGGUAUCAUUAGCUGUUGCUGACAUACUGAUCGCGUCCGUCUCGAUGCCGAUAUGGGCCGCGUAUUUACUGACAGGUCCUGAGUGGGUUUACAGUGAGUUCYUGUACAAGAUGUGGAUAUGUGUGGAUAUAACGUGUGGUGUAGCGUCCAUUAUUAACCUAGCAGCCAUUAGUAUUGAGCGUUAUCUGUGUAUAACAUUUCCACUUAGYUACCAUCAGACAAUGACGCCAACCAAAGCCACAAUUAUCAUCUUUGCAAUAUGGGYCUUUGCAUUAGUGAUGGCCGCCAUCAAGUACGCUAUAUUCUACUAUCCACCACCGCUGUACGAACUGAUCAUUGUAAUAACAUGCUUCAUUAUACCACUCUUCAUAAUGUGUAUGAGCUAUCGAAUGAUCUUUCAGACMGCGAGAUAUCAAGCGCGCCAAAUCGCUCUAAUGGUCAAUGGUGGUGUGCGGAAGUUUUUCCUCGCAUCUGAGGUCCGUGCAGCAAAGACUCUAGCGGUCGUAAUGGGAGCGUUUAUCGUAAGCUGGGGACCGUUUUUUAUYCUUAAYGUGGUGUAUGGRUUCUGYGCSCCGUGYGUCGGUCCCGAGACAAUUAAAGUAGCAAAGUGGAUGCAUUACAGUAACUCUGUUUAUAAUCCCUUUGUAUAUGCCUGUAUGAACAAAGACUUUAGAACAUCRUUUAUCAAUAUUCUUCUGGGCUGGAAGGUCUGUUUGCUGAAGAUAAAGAGUGCCAAUAAGUAUCCACCGCUCGCCGAUCCUUCUGGAGAAUCAACUUUGAAUAACUCUGCGUAGUCGAUAUCAAAUCGAUAAUGGCAAAAUAUGGCCAUUGACGAUUAGCAAUACAGUGGUCUACUGUUGCUCCAGGGAGGUUAAUUUAAAUUUAAUCUUAAAAUCCGUAGUAUACUAGACCCAUACAAUUUUAGUUCAUUUUUUGUUUGUUUGUUUUUGCUCGUYGUUAUUGUAUCGUAUUCAUCAGCAUGUCUGAAUAAUUACAUACACAACAUUCUGAUUGCCUCACUCACUACCCUUUAGCUAUUGAUGAUACUUCAGGUUCAAGCAAUUUAGACAGUUUUUAAAAACACUAUAAUGUUGACACGAAGUCGCGAACUAUACCGUUCACUAUAUUCUUCUACCUCAAACCGACUGAUAUGUACAUGAAAAUUGUAAGAUUUUAAAGAAAAUAUAGAGACCUGAAAGCUUAAGGAUCAAUAAAACAAACUGCUCAGGAAGAAA